CCGGUUUACCGUUCAGUUGCUAAAAACCUUUUGUUUCCCGGAUGUGUAAAUUGAAUAGAGUUGAAAGUUCCAUAGAAUUUGAUUUCAAACACGAGUUUUGCCAAGUUCAUGAUCGUGGUUUUGCAUUUGGUUUAUGAUCCGUUAAAUUUCUGAAACCUAAUCGAACUCUGGAAAAUCAUUCGGUUCAAGACAAAUUCGGAAUAAUCAGUAACGAAAAAAAAAAACAAAUCGAGACUUGAUUUAUACGCAGAUCAAGAGAAUCCCUCGGAACGUACUAGACGCGAAAAGAGAAUUAUAAAUCGAAAUUUUUAGAGCAGCGAACCGCGUAACAAAAAUUAUCGUAUUUUGAAGAAUUCUAUUGACAGACGAACCGGUGAAAUGUCGAAUCAACUAUACACGUACAAUCGAUACAGCGGAGCACUAAAAAAAUUGUUGUUAGUGCUUGGCUUAUGGCCAGUGGUAAAUCCAAGUGUGUUCUAUCGUUUGGUUUCAUUCAUUCAUAUUGCAGCUGACCUGUGGUUGGUGAUUUCGGUUCUUAAUUUUUCGCGUCUGCACGUGUCGAAUUUUCAAGCUUUAAUCGGCAGUCUCGGCGUAGGACUGAAUUUUUCCAUCGGCGCAUAUAAAUUGAUCUGCUUGAGGGUCCAUCGGGACCGACUGCUCGAUUUACAGACGAAUCUGCAAGCAGGUUUUUCUCGCGAUCUCGAAGAUCCCCAAUUACGGCCGAUUUUGCUAUCACCUAUGAUAACGUAUUAUCGACCCUCGCUGGUCUUCGCGAUCAUUGCCUACACGCUGUGCACGUUGUACGUGACGGCGCCCAUCAGAGCUAUAAUGAUUCAGCUCAUCCAUGGCGCGAGUGACAUCAAAUAUACUCUUCCCUUGCCGACCGUGUAUCCCUGGUCCAUUGGUCGAAUGAACAAAUGGUAUUUCUCGGUCGUGUACGCCUACGAGUUUUACAUUUUUUCAUGUGUCACCAGCAUCGCGGCAUCGGUCGAUGGUCUCUUCGGUUUCUACAUAUUUCAAAUAGCCGGACAAUUUCGCACGAUAUCUUACCGUUUGAGGAACUUGAAAUCGAAUGAAAACUAUCGGGAAGUUAUAAGUGAGUGCGUCUCGAGACAUCAGACUUUGAUGCGCUGCCAGGCUCAUCUCGAACAGAUUUGGGGCCCGAUCGUACUCUGCAUCACGGUUCUAAAUGCCAUGAUCAUGUGCGCAUUUAUUUGGCAAAUUUCGCACAUGGACCCGAGAAAAGCUGUGAACUUUAUCGUUUUCAUUGUCACGAAGGCUAUUCAAUCGUUGUUUUAUGGAUGGUUUGGCUCGACUCUGACUACCGAGAAUGACAACCUUCGCGAGGCAAUUUACGCGACCGAUUGGCCAGGUUCGGGCCACAAAUCUCUCAUGACCAGUGUCCUGACCAUGAUAUCGUGCACCAAGUCAGUCGUUUUGAAAGCCUGUUCCGUGGGGACCAUAUCCGUAGAUACAUUCGUCGCCGUCUGUAAUACUGCUGUUUCGUAUUUCUUCAUGCUACGAACUGUGGAGGAACAUAAAAGUCUUGAAUCAUGACUCCGUUGAGAGGAAACUCAUGGAGCACAAAAUUUAACACGAAUAACAAAAGUUGGCUUAGUACUAAUGAAAAGUAGUACAAAAUAAUAAUUUUAAAGAAUAUA